CAUAACCUUUCUCUCUCUCUCUCUCUCUCUCUAUAUAUAUAUAUAUACACAUACAUAUAUAUACACACAACGUUUACUCUCGCAAUUAAUAGAAUAGAAUCCCCGCAGAGGAGCGGCGCUUGUUUUUCUAUUUUCAAUCAACCGACUUUCGCCUUGAGCUCCAAUUCAAAAGAUGGGGUCGGGGCAGCAUUGUGAUGUUUUGGAUGUUAAUGAACCUACAACUACUAAUGCGAAUUCAGAACAAGGUGAUUCUUCAUCGUGUGGGUCUACUAUAGAACCAAACUCGAACUAUGAAAAUAAAGCUGGCGAGAUUCUCAGGAACUUACAGAAUGUCUCAUACAUCUAUAGACAAGAUGUUGUCAGAAGCAAAAACAAAACUGAGAUUGGGGUAGUGACUGAAGUGGCUGGUGAUUCAGAUUCUGAUAGCAGCAUAACUGAUGAUGAAGACGAGGAUGAGGAAGAGGAUGAGGAUGAGGAUGAGGUUGAGGAUGAAAAAGAUGGUGAGGCUGGUUCCAAUGAGGAAGAUGAUGUGGAAAACGAAAAAAACCCUGCUGAGAAUGCUGCUGAGAAUACUGAUGAUAAUGAUUACAAGCACAGUCCGCUUACUGCUGACCAAGUUAGAGUGCUUUGGAUGGAUGGGUCUGAAACAACAGAGAGUAUUAAUGAUGUGACAGUUGUUGAUAGAGGAUUUUUACAUGGGGAUUAUGUGGCCGCUGCUUCUGAUCCAACAGGUCAAAUAGGUAUUGUGGUUGAUGUCAAUAUUACUUUCGAUUUAUUAACACAUGAUGGAUCUAUUCUAAAAGAUAAACCAUCCAGAGAAUUGAGGCGCAUUAGAGAUUUCACCGUUGGCGAUCAUGUCGUCCUUGGGCCCUGGCUAGGUAGAAUUGAAGCCGUUUUUGAUAAUGUGACUGUUCAGCUUGAUGAUGGUUCUGUUUGCAAAGUGAUGAAAGCGGACCCAUUGCAUCUUAAACCAGUCGGGAAAAACAUCCUUGAAGAUGGGCAUUUUCCAUAUUAUCCGGGUCAACGUGUGAAGGCAAGCUCUUCAUCAGUUUUCAAGAAUUCAAGGUGGUUAUCUGGAUUAUGGAAAGCCAACCGAUUGGAAGGUACGGUGACGAAGGUAACUGUAGGAUCGGUGUUCAUUUACUGGAUUGCUUCUGCUGGAUACGGGUCUGACUCUGCCACUACUCCAGCUGAAGAGCAGGCUCCAAAGAAUUUAAAACUAUUAUCUUGUUUUUCACAUACGAAUUGGCAGUUGGGUGAUUGGUGCCUACUUCCGUCAUCCCAGGAGUUAUCAUGCGCAACCUUGAACAAGGAAGUAUCAAAACCAGAUCCUCAUGAUACUGCUAAAGAUGAACCUGAAUCUACUGAAGUAAGUGACGAGUCUGAUGCAGAAGUGGCCACUAUGGCGGAAUCAACUAGGAAUAGUAAAUUGAUGGGAAAUGAUUCAGAGACUUCCUUGUGCAAGAAUGGUGAAAUAUCAGAUAGUAAUGUCUCAGCGGAAAAACUAUGCAAUAGUUCAGUGCCAGCUUCAAAGGAAGGUGCCCAUGAAACUUGGCCUCUUCAUCGUAAAAAGAUACGGAAAGUGGUUGUCCGAAAGGACAAGAAAGCCCGGAAGAAAGUAGAAAAUUUUGAACGAGCACUUCUAAUUAUCAAUACCAAGACAAAAGUUGAUGUUAUCUGGCAGGAUGGCACUAUAAAACAGGGCCUGGAUUGCACAUCUUUAAUUCCCAUUGAUAGUCCAGGCGAUCAUGAAUUUGUUGCGGAACAAUAUGUAGUGGAGAAGGCUGCUGACAGUGAUGAGGCUGUUGAAACCAGACGGGUUGGGGUUGUAAAAAGUGUCAAUGCAAAAGAUAGAACUGCUUGUGUCAGGUGGUUGAAGCCCGUCGCCAGGGCAGAGGAUCCCAAAGAGUUUGACAAAGAGGAAAUGGUAAGUGUAUAUGAGCUAGAGGGGCAUCCUGACUAUGACUACUGUUAUGGAGAUGUAGUUGUUCGACUGUCACCUAUUGUUUCGCCAGCCAAAAUGGAAUCCCUUGUGCACUCUAUUGAAAACAUGCCACUUAAUAGCUCAGAUGAAUCGAAACAUGAAAACGGGAAGCAUCCAGGGGAGGAUGCAGAAAAUGUGCUUGCUCAUGACAUGUCUACUGAAUUUUCAGAUCUCUCUUGGGUUGGGAACAUCACAGGGCUAAAAGAUGGUGACAUAGAAGUCACAUGGGCUGAUGGGAUGAUAUCUACGGUUGGUCCUCAAGCAAUAUAUGUUGUUGGUCGGGAUGAUGAUGAGUCCAUUGCAGCUGGAAGUGACGCCAGUGAUGAUGCUGCCAGCUGGGAAACUGUUGAAGAUGACAUGGAUACUGUUGGAGAUGACAUGGGUAAUGUUGAUGAGGCCGACAUUGAAGAUAACAGCAUUGUUGCAGAAAAUUCUGGGAUGAAUGGAGCUCUCUCAAUUCCGCUGGCUGCAAUUGGUUUUAUGACCAGACUAGCCUCCGGAAUAUUUUCAAUGGGACGGAAGCAGUCGGAUCAAAUGAACUUAACCAAAAGUGAAGAUGAUCUUCAACCUCAUGAUUCGACCUCAAAUAGAGAUUCUGAUGGAGAAUCCAGCUCUCAGAAACCUAAUGAUAUUGACAAUCAACUUUCUAAGCUAACUACUGGUCGACAAGGGGAGGAAGAUGAAGUUGCUGAGGCCUCUGAUCUGUUAGAAAUUGCAGAAACUCUAUGUAACUUACAUUUAUCAGAAUCAGACGCUCGUCCACAUGAAGAGUGUAUUUCAAGAUUCAAAGGCUUCGACAUUGUUAGAGAUCCCCUGGAUCAUUACUUUCUUGGUGCACAGGGACAGAACAAUGCUGCUAGGAAGUGGCUGAAAAAAGUCCAACAAGAUUGGCACAUUCUUCAAAAUAAUCUGCCUGAGGGCAUUUAUGUACGUGUCUAUGAAGACAGAAUGGAUCUUUUGAGGGCUGUGAUUGUUGGAGCUUAUGGGACACCUUACCAGGAUGGGCUUUUCUUCUUUGAUUUUCACCUUCCACCAGAAUAUCCAGAUGUUCCACCAUCGGCAUACUAUCACUCUGGAGGAUGGCGAAUAAAUCCAAAUCUAUAUGAGGAAGGAAAAGUUUGCCUGAGUCUUUUGAACACCUGGACAGGUAGAGGAAAUGAGGUCUGGGACCCUUCAACCUCAAGCAUUCUUCAGGUCCUGGUUUCACUUCAGGGGCUAGUACUAAAUUCCAAGCCAUACUUUAACGAGGCGGGAUAUGAUAAACAAGUUGGAACAGCUGAAGGGGAGAAAAAUUCGUUGUCCUACAAUGAGAAUACAUUUUUGUUGAACUGUAAAACAAUGAUGUAUCUGAUGCGGAAGCCCCCAAAGGAUUUUGAAGAGCUUGUUAUCGAGCAUUUUAGGAAGCGUGGUCGUUAUAUUCUCAAGGCAUGUGAUGCUUAUAUGAAAGGUCACCUGAUUGGCUCGCUUGCAAAGGAUGCUUCUAUAAGCGGCACUAAUAUGACCUCAAAUUCAUUCGGUUUCAAGCUAAUGCUUACAAAAGUUGUACCAAAACUUUUCUCUGCUCUAUCUGAAAUUGGAGCAGACUGCCAGGAAUUUGAGCAUCUGAAUCAGAUAAAGUUAUAGCAACGUUCUUAAGGUACUCUGCGCGCUACAUCUUAGUUGUAGAGGCAAACCUUCGGUGUCACUGGAUUCAUUCGGAUUCUGCACUCUGUGAGCAUAAAUGAGUUCUAACUCAAAAAAGACAUGGUUUAAAUUAGGAUAUUUAUACCAUAGUCUCAUGCUCAUAUUCUGGCUACAGAAAUCUGGUGCAGUAAACUACAAGAUUAUACGAACUAAAUUGUAAAUUUUUAUGAAACUUAUGAACUGACAAACAUAAAAUUGAGCAGUCUGUUGAGAAUUUGUGGUAGUUUUGGCAGGAGUCUCAUUUUCUUCCUAUUUUUAUUUAUUCUUUUCUGCUUUUUUUUUGGCAUUGGCCCUUCUGCUGCCCUUCUGGUUGAGCAGCACAUAUUUUUUUGUCUAGGAUAGAUGGAAGAAAAUGUUGUUGUAUUAUUCAGAUUGUUCCAUGCAUCUUUUGUUUUGUCUAACAUAUUGGUACAAGUAAUGUUGGAGGAGAAAUUAAAUGUAUCUUAUUUCAAGUGAUGUAAGAUGUACUUGAACAGAGAUAUUCAUUUAUUUGAUGUUAUGGUGUGUUUCGCUCACCUUUUAAGUAGGUGGCUGCA